GAUGAAUACUUUACUGCUACUGAUAGCACAUUGAUGUUGAAGUGAAGUACUUUAUUUGUAAACUUAACUUCGACUACGUUGCGAUAGGCACUGACCGGCGCAGUGGCCCGAAACGCGUUGCUCGGAAUCAUGUAUUGCAGAGUUAACCAGCACGAGGACAACGACUACGCGGGCAGCGUAGGGGUCGAGAAAGAUGAUGUAUCGUGCGAUCUAAGCGAAUUCGAGGACGUAGUCGAACCGCUGAACCGCACGCUACAACAGCAACCCCACCGCCCGGAUGCUGUGCCGCCGUGCGCAGCGCCCACCGCACUCUUCACUGACAGCUACUACUACUGCCCGCUUAGCCACGAGUACUACCGGCGACUGCCGGUUCCCGACUGCUGUCAUUACGACCACUAUCAACCGAAGUACUCGCACAACACGUACCAGGAAGUGGACGACGAGAUGGAGGAAAGGGAAAGCAUCUAUCUCGACGCGGUGUCGGUCAACUCGGACGGUGCGAACCGGAAGUCAUUGUAUCUGUCCCGCCAAACCGUCUAUCAUUCAGCCGAGGACGUGCGGUUCGGCUCGGUGGACUCGGGCGCAGACCGGACGUUGGGCAGCGUCGACAGCAGCAGCAUUCGCACCACCACUGAUGCCCUGCUGCAGGACUCGCGGCAUAAUGGUGGGCUGUCAAACAUGCCCUACGUGCCGCGGGCCACAAAGACGAACGCUACGAAGGGCUUUAUCGGCGGCAUACUGAAGCCGGUUCUGAGCACCGAGUACAACGAACAGGUGCCUAGCACUAGUCACUCUAGCUAUCUUCACUUUCGUACCGAUUACCAACCCGAUUUUAAGCAUGAUAUAUCCAACUCGAUAGUCACCUAUGAGUUGUGGAAGUCUAGGACAUGGAAUUACUUCCAGGACCAGAAACGUAUCGUCGAUUAUGUGUUGGCGUACAAUGGCGAGGAAACCGACCCGGCGGCGGUCACCAAACGAACCUUGUUCCAGCGCAACCUGGAGUACGAGGGGCUGGAGAUCGAAAUGGAAAACUGUCAGCGGAUACACUUCGUGAAGAUUCACGUCCCGGAGCAAGUGUUGUCACACUACUGCGAGAUCAUGAAGAUGCAGAUGCCAAUGAAGAAGCUAGACAAUCAAGACAAGAUCAUUACGCGGGACUUUAGCAUCCAGAGCACACUCGUGCGGUGGUUCCGGCGCCCGCUCUUCAACUUCGUCAUCAUCGAUCGCAAUAUCUUCGCAGCGCCCGAGUAUCGGUUACUGUACGAGUACUCGCGCGACAAGCCGUACUUGUUCAACGAUCAGGAGCCCAAUUUCUUUACGCCCAGUAUACGGAUUGCGGUCGUCAACUUCAUCCUAGAGCGGGCGUACUUUAGCGAGAACGUGGAUGACAAGAAAGAUAUUGGCAUCGGGCGGCUGGUGGAGGAUCAAGUGUACCUAGACGCGUACCCACUGCACGAUGGUUGUACAGAUGUCAAGUCCAGCUGCCAACGGGCGCUGCUGCUGCAGGAAUGGGCUUCAAUUAGCAAGUGGAUCAAGCACCAGCCGCUAGAUUACAUAAAGGAGUACUUCGGUGUCAAGAUUGCGAUGUACUUUGCGUGGCUCGGCUUCUACACGCACAUGCUGAUACCUGCGUCGGUGGUCGGCUUGAUAUGCUUCUUCUACGGGUUGCUCACAUACCGAGACAAUCGCAUCAGUCAGGAGAUCUGCAGUGACAACCGCACGAUCAUGUGCCCGCAGUGCGACGAGCACUGUGACUACUGGUACCUCAACACCACCUGCAACAUCUCGAAGCUGGCGCACAUAUUCGACAACGAAAUGACGAUCGUCUUCUCGAUCUUUAUGUCCAUUUGGGCUACCCUGUAUCUCGAAAUGUGGAAAAGAUAUUCAUCGAAAAUUCAGCACCGCUGGGGCAUUACCGAAUACUGCUCGCUGGCAGAGCCCCCACGGCCUCAGUACCUGGCCCGGUUGAAGAAUAUUAAAAAAACAAUGUUUAACAUUGCCACCGGUUCGCAGGAACCUUCACCGCCGUUCUGGACCAAGAAGUUUCCCAGCUUCAUCUAUAGCUACUCUGUGAUUUUCCUAUUUAUUUUAUUAACUAUUGCAGCCGUGUUCGGCAUCGUUGUUUACCGCAUGUCGCUGAUGACGUCACGGAACAUAUACGGCGAUGGCGGGUCUGUAUCGGGCAAGCUAAUCAUUUUUCCCGCCACGACUGCUGUUAUCAAUCUGCUCGUUUCGACCGCCCUCACCUACGCCUACCAGUACGUCGCGGUGUAUAUGACAAACGUGGAGUACCGCCGUACACAGACCGAGUAUAACGAGAGUCUCAACCUGAAGAUCUACCUCUUUGAAUUCGUCAACUACUACAGCUCUAUCUUCUACAUCGCGUUCAUCAAGGGUAAAUUCCCUGGCUAUCCGGCCAAAUACAACCGCAUAUUGCACCUACGGCAGGAAGAGUGCAGCCCGGGCGGGUGCCUGAUGGAGCUGUGCAUCCAGCUGGCCAUCAUAAUGGUUGGCAAACAGGCCAUAGGGGCAAUCACCGAAAUUCUGAUACCGUUCCUGGUACAAAAGUUCAAGGAGUUUAGAAGUGUACUCGGCAUCGAGGCUGAGGGUAGCGACAACGGCGAACGCCUUAUAUGCUGCAACCAGUGGACCAAAGAUUUCAAUCUCAUCAACUGGAACGAUCGGAGCUUGUUCAACGAGUAUUUAAAAAUGGUGAUUCAAUACGGUUUUAUAACGAUAUUUGUGGUGGCUUUUCCACUGGGGCCGUUCUUUGCUCUGCUGAACAACGUAUUCGAGACGCGGCUAGAUGCGAAAAAGUUUCUCCUGUACUACAAACGCGCAGUGCCACAGCGGGUACGCGAUCUAGGCAUCUGGUACAAUAUUAUGCACGUCGUCGGGAAGGUUGCUGUCAUAGCAAGUGCCUUUAUCAUAGCGUUUUCCUCUAAUUUUAUCCCUCGGCUGAUGUACAUGCACGUCGUCAACCCGACGGGCACGGAUGAAGGCUUCGUGAACCAUACGCUUGCGUACUUCAAUAUUUCACACUUUGAGCAGCACGUAGCGCCCCUGGAAAGUCAGUACUCGAACGUGAGUAUCUGUCGCUACUCGGAGUACCGUAACCCACCGGAAGAUGUUCGCCCCUACAAGCGGCCCUCGAUCUACUGGCAAAUUUUGGCGAUACGGCUGACGUUUGUCGUAAUCUACCAGAAUCUGGUUAGCUUCGUGCAGAUCGUUGUGGCGUGGGCGAUACCGGAUGUGCCCGGUCGACUGCAAGACCAGAUCAAACGAGAACAGUACCUUACGAAUGAAUACAUUAUCGAGCAAGAGAAGUUGAAAAUGCAGCGCACCAGUACUGCCUUCCCUCCGAGUGCACACGGUGGUGAAUGUGUUGCACGCAACGGACACAUACCGUCGGAGGAUGGUAGCCUGCCGGGGGAGAAGAUGCAUAACGCUACUGCUGUUGAGGACGGCGGUAACUACGCCGCACACCGCCAACUUGACGACGAUUACGACCCAUUUCAAGAGUGUGGCAUUGUAACGUCCAGAGUGUAGCCUGCAUGGGAAGGGGAUAAGGGGACAAAAGGUACUGUCUUCGCACAAUGUAGGGCAGUCAGCUAACCGUGCUGGGCGCGUAUUGCGUACAUAAACAAUGCCAAGUUCCUUCAUAUAUGUAACUAACUAAAUUAUUCCCCAUUCUACAUCGGGUAUACACGGUACUGCUAAUCAUAUGGAAGUUGCGUAAAUCGCCUCCUGGUGUGGUUGAAUAAUCUUGUUUUCGUACUUCUAUUCUGUUUUGGUUGUAUCUGAGCUGCCUUAUUAAAAA